UAUAUUGUAUUCCUUCAGUCUCUACUUUGUUGCCUUGCCUUUCCUCCCCACUUUGUUUUUGAGUCUUACUAUUAUUAAAGAAGAGGUUAUCUGUCUUGCUGCAAUUGUCAGUAAUUUUGAGAAAGGAUCAUUGGUCCCAUUGUUAUAUGUUAACUCUCCAUGAUUCUUUCCCAUGACUAUCAACAUAAAAGAUGGUGCUUGUUUGACUUAAUGACCUCAACAUAUACAUGUUUGUUUGCUAUCUAAUUGAGGUUUUUUGUCAUUAGCUGGCUAUUGAAACAGAUGUUAUUUCAUUUAUAUCUUUAAGAUGUCACUAAUUUUUACUAUCACUUUUGUAUUUUGAUCCCAACCUCAUCUUCCCCCUUUUCCAUGGAAACCAUAUGUGCAAGGUAAUUUGUGUUAUAAUCACCUUUCCAUUAAUCUUUUCCAAAAGCUACCUCAUAUAUGUGCUUUGGUACAAGCAUAUUUUAACCAAAGGGUUAUAGGCUUUUGACCUUUCACUGUGGUUUCUUGAUGCUAGCGCCAUUUGUCCUUUUCUAACUUCAACUUGUGUUAUUUGGGUUGACAGUUUUAAGUCCAAAAGUGGUCCGAUCAUAAUGAUAAAAGAUGUAAAUAUAUUGAACUUUUCUUUUGUCUCCCAAAAUUCAGUUUUUUUAUCAUUUUUCUAAACAAAACCACAUCUUAUAGAGUCGAUUUACCCUUAGGUGCAAAAUUUUUUAUAAUUAUGCAUUCAAAGUUUCUUAGAAAGUUAGAUACUUUUAAUUGUGAUGUUAUAAAUAAGCUCAUGCUUGAUAUUCUAGAUGAGUUUGAAAAUGAGUUUUUACACAACUCAAAAACAAAUUUGUAACCACUGUAAAAAAAAAAAAAAAAAGUUCAGUAAAUGAUGUGAUAUGCAAUGUAAGCCAGUGCUACAUGCCAUGUAAGUGCCAACUUAGCAUGAAUUUUCAUUCUUGGUCACAUGGAUGCUGAUUUGGCAGAUUUUCUACUGGGAUAGAGGGGUAUAAGAAUGAAAACAGCUUUGAUUUUCAAUGUCUUCAGAAAGUGCUAAUUGAAUGUCUUGGAAGAGAUGUCGAAGUGCUAGACGAUGCUUACAAAGUGAUAAAAUGCUGGCUCUGGUAAGCAGUAAUAGGAUUACCAUAGUCUUUGUCAAUAAUUGCCUUUUAGAGUUCAUUGGAGAUGGGUUAGGCAAAUCUUUCAACAAUUUGGUACAGUGGGAUGUUUUUAUUGUGAAGAAAGGAAGCAAGACAGGGAAAAAAUUUGGCUUUGUCAGAUAUUACUUUUUCUGAUGCUAGAAGGGUAGUUUCAAGAUUCAACGGAGCUUGGUUAUUGAACCAGAGAAUAGGGGUGAAUAUUGCCAGAUUUGGUGGCAGAGUGUCUUAUUGGAAAAAACGAAAUGCUGAACAACUAGGAAAUGGUUUACUAGAACUAUCCGGUAAUGGUAUUACAGAAGUGAGAAGUGAGUAUGGCAGUGGUGUCCAAAAGUAGAUUUCAAUACAAAGUAGCAAAUUAUCCCAUGCACAGGUGCUAAAGGGUGAGAAAGAAUUUGCAAAAAAGGUCUCAAAUUCAUAUACUGCAAAUAUAUGCAAUAUUCAAUCAGCGAAACGAUGUGUAGGUGAAAUUAGUGAUAAAAAAUUUACUUUGGUUUGAAAAGGGUGUGGUGGCCAUCAUUGAUUAUUAUGUUGAUCCUAAGGUUCUUGUGGAAUAGUUUAGAAUUGAUGGUUUUUCUGGUUUACAUGAGAGAAAACUAGGACCAAAGAAUUUUCUUAUUUCCAAUAGUGAUGAAAUGAUGUUUGAUGAGCUGAAAGAAAAAGAUUGGGACUGGCUUAAUAACUUGUUCACUUCAGUUGAAGUGUGAUAUGCAAAUUUCACUAUCAAGUGCUGUCAAAAAUGGAUUGCAACUUAUGGUGUACCUGCUCAUGCAUGGAAUUACAACACUUUUUUUAAUAUCGUUAAUGGUUGGGGAGAAUUGAUCUCCAUUAAAACCAAAACACUUAAUUUUGAAAAUUUCAGUUAUGUCGCGAUGCUUAUCUCCACUAAUAAAAUGGAAUGCAUUAAUGAAGUUGUUGAGUUGGAAGUUGCAAACAACGUGUAUUUUAUUCGUGGAUGUGAAUUACCAGUGGAGGAGGGUUUUUGUUCCUCAUUGUGGGGUAGAAAAGGAGGAUUUAGUUCUCUGCAGAGUCCAUGCAUCAUCAUGGAGGUUGAUGACAAUGUUGAAGUGGCAUCAAAUGCUGACAUGGAGUGUGUUAAUAUGUUGGAACAGAGUCCAAUGGAGAAAAAGUUGGAGAUGUAUUCAAAUUUCGAAGACGCUUCAAGUGCUAUUCGGAGGAAUCUAGGAGCCAACCUUAAUUCUGAUGCAAAUGUCUUGGAAACAUUGGAGCCUUUGAUGGUUGUCAGAUGGUAUGGAGUACUAACAAAAGAGAAAGAAAUCUGCUGAAGGAAAAGCGGUGGUGGGAGAAUUCUGAGAUCUUAAAGGCUGGGCUGAUUAUGGUGUAUGUUGGCCUAUUUCACUAUUAGGCUUGGAGAGAAAAGAGGAGGGCUUGUCUGAGCAGAUUGAACCAAUUUGUAGCCCUAAAUCCAUUGAUUUGGUGGAAUUCCAACAAGAUCUAUCUUCUUCUCUGCUACCUUGUAUGCUGAACUCAGGAACUGUAUAUAAAGCCUUCUAAUUGAAAUUGAGGGGAGAUUAAGAAGGGAAAGGUGCUGAAAAGGAAGGGUAAGAGCAAACAUGGAAGAAAACAUAAGAUACAACUUACAGCUGCUGAAAAUUCAAAGAUGGCCAAUGCUUCUCUAUCAGAUGGAGACUUUAGAAAUAGAAAUAUUAAUUCUUUAAAAGGCAAAGGAGAUUAGGAGUCUCAGCAAGAAACUUGGGUUAGUUGCCAACUCAAGUGAGGAAUUGAUAAUUGAUAAAUUGAAGAAAUGGAAAGGAGUCUCCCCAGCUCAGAUGGUGUAAUCCUUGUUUGGCGAGAAGAAAGUCGAAGCUCUAUGAUAUACACAGUUUCAGUAGACAAGGCAGGGUUAGUUGCAAAUUCAUUUCGUGAACAGUUGAAAGUCAGCAACCAAGGUCGAUUAGACAAGGAUCAUUUACACUGUUAUUAUUGUAGAAAGCUAUGGCAUGCUAAGGAGACUUGUUGGAAGUUGAAUGGUCAACCAACUAGGAGUCGUGGAGGUAAACGGAUGGGCUCAACAAGACCACAAGCAAACCUAUUCGAAGUAGUAGAAAUAUCUAAAGAGACUAGUAUUGGCAGUCUUUCUAAUGAAGAAGUACAAACCCUAAGGUGUCUUUUGUCUCAACUUGAUUCUCAAUCAACUAUAGUUGCUUCCUCCAAUUUUGUCAAAAUAGAUUUACAUAUGCAUUUGGCUUACUGGUAGCAUGGGCUUUCUCCGACAAUGCUCGAUAAUAUUCAAGUUGAUACCUACAAAUUUUAAAUUCCACCUCUUUUUACGUGAGAAUUAUAUAUAUAUAUAUAUAUAUAUUAUGGAUUAGCUUUGCUUCCUUUUUCCUUUUGUAAAUGCCGUAAUGGUAAUGUUAUUUAAAUUUUAAACUUAAUUUUACUUUCAAGUUAAUUUUUGA